AUGCGUCUUACUUCUCUCGCCGUCACUCUUCUUAGCUUUCCCUCCCUUCUCCAUGGACAUCCAACGCCACACACCCAUGACAUCCCCUUUCCCGAUGACAUGCCAAAUCCCACUCCGGCACAGCUGAGAGCCAUCGAGGAGAGAGCUCAUGGAACUCUUCCGAAUACUCCUCCUCCUGACAAGAUCAGCGAUCAGGGAAUCGUCAAUCUGCAGCUGAUUGCAUUCAACGAACUCUUUGAAGUGGCCUUUUUCCACGAGCUUCUUAUCAACGUGACCGGAAAUGUCGAGGGCUUUGAAUUUUCAAGCCUUGGAGAUCGUGAUAUUGUGAUAAAUGCGUUGACUGCUAUUCUGGCGCAAGAAGAACUUCACGCCAUCUCCGCCAACAAUGCCCUCCAGCAUUUCAACGUUACCCCGAUCAAGCCCUGUCAAUACAACUUCCCCGUCGAAGACUUUGAUUCUGCUAUCAUCCUGGCUGUAACUUUCACCGAUCUCGUUCUUGGAACGCUGCAGGAUGUUGUUGAGCGAUUUGCAGUUGGCGGCGACUUUAACUUGACGCGAUUGAUCUCGUCUGUCAUCGGACAGGAAGGAGAACAACUAGGCUGGUAUCGAAUCCUCCAGAAUAAGAUCCCCAGUGAGCUGCCGUUCCUUACCACCAGUGACUUGAAUUUUGCCUUUACGGCUGUUCAGUCUUUCACCGUGCCUGGAAGCUGCCCGAGCUUGUCGGAAAUUCCGCUGCAGACCUUUCAGCCCCUGGAAGUUGUCACGCCUCCUGGUCCCGCCUCGCAGAAUCUGCAGUUUGCCUGGAAGCCCAUUCAAGGUGCUCCUCCACAAACUCUCUGGAUGACCUACAUCAACCAGCUGAAUAUUCCUAUCGUGGUGCCCCUUCAUAUCAUCUUCCGGAAUUCGGAGAGGGUGCUUGCGGAGGCAUUCUUCCCCUUUACGGAGAAUCUGAUGAACGGAUUGACCAUUGCGGCUGUUACCAACAGCAGUGGACCGUUUCCCAAUGCGAAUGCCGUGGCAAAGGCGACUGUCUUUGGGCCAGGAUUGUUGAUUGUGAACUAG